AUGCAGUGCAAUGAAGAAUAUGUUAAGGGUAAAAGCCUUCUUAGGCUCCAGGUGGCGUGUGCUGAGCAGAGGGAUGCAGCGCCCAGGCAGGUCUCAAGAUUGUGCCCUCCAAGAAACCCUCCAAAAUCUGACUGGAUAGGACCCCCAGAAAAAUAUUCAAACCUUUGACCUGUUCACUUUUACUCCCUGAAAAAUGAAUCACCAUUGGAACAAAAACUAAGAGAAUUAAAACAAGAAACAGAAGAAUGGGACCAACAAUUGUAGGCAAACAGGAGUUUGUUCAUAAGGAAAAAAGAAUUUAUCCACUCAAGACUAAAAGCUAAAGGCCUGGAACUGAAAGCUGAAUCAGGUCAAAAAGCAACACUGAAUGCAGAACUGGCUAAUUUUUACAAGAAAUUUGUAAGUAAAAAUUUUCAGAAGCAUAUAUAUUAUAAUAAGGUGUAUAAGCGUAAUUUUGCCAUCAGCUUCUUCAUGGAAAAAUUGACCUUGGAGAGGACUUGGAACAAGCUUACACUGCAACAAAAGACCAGCAGCAGGAACUCACUCACACUGAGUCCAAGUUUCCACAAGGAGCAGCUGCUUAUAGGUGCUCAUUUUACAUGGGCUCUAAAACAUAUGACCAGAGUCCCGUCCCGUUCCUUAGGUUUCAGUGCAGAGCAGACUAGGAGAAUGUGA